UAAUGCGGCGGUAGAGGCUCCGCGGGCUGCUGGCUCCCGGCUCCGGCUCCGGCUGCAGCGGCGGCAGCAGCAGGGCAGCACCCGCAGGCGCUGACAGCCCCGCCGGCCGGCUUCCUCGCUGACCUGUCAAUGGAGCUGGAAAACAUCGUGGCCAACACGGUCUUGCUGAAAGCCAGGGAAGGGGGCGGAGGGAAACGCAAGGGCAAAAGCAAGAAGUGGAAGGAGAUUCUCAAGUUCCCACACAUCAGCCAGUGCGAAGACCUCCGCCGGACCAUUGACAGGGAUUACUGCAGCCUGUGUGACAAGCAGCCCAUCGGGAGGCUGCUCUUCCGGCAGUUCUGCGAAACCAGACGAGGGCUGGAGCGAUACAUUCAGUUUCUGGACUCGGUGGCAGAAUAUGAAGUUACGCCAGAUGAGAAGCUGGGAGAGAAAGGGAAGGAGAUUAUGACCAAGUACCUCACCCCAAAGUCCCCCGUUUUCAUUGCACAAGUGGGCCAGGACCUGGUCUCACAGACAGAGGAAAUGCUUCUGCAGAGGCCCAGCAAGGAAGUCUUCUCUGCCUGUGCCAGGUCUGUGCACGACUACCUGCGGGGCGACCCGUUCCGAGACUAUCUGCAGAGCAUGUUCUUCGACCGCUUCCUCCAAUGGAAGUGGCUGGAAAGGCAACCAGUGACCAAAAACACUUUCAGGCAGUACCGAGUACUCGGGAAAGGGGGCUUUGGGGAGGUCUGUGCUUGUCAGGUGCGGGCUACGGGGAAGAUGUACGCCUGCAAGCGGCUAGAGAAGAAGCGAAUAAAGAAGCGGAAGGGCGAGUCGAUGGCCCUCAAUGAGAAGCAGAUUCUGGAGAGGGUCAACAGCCGGUUCGUGGUCAGCCUGGCCUACGCCUACGAGACCAAGGAUGCGCUGUGCCUGGUCCUGACCAUCAUGAAUGGGGGUGAUCUCAAGUUCCACAUCUACAACAUGGGCACCCCUGGCUUCGAGGAGGAGCGUGCGCUUUUCUACGCGGCCGAGAUUCUGUGUGGACUGGAGGACCUGCACCACGAGAACACGGUGUACAGGGACCUAAAGCCGGAAAAUAUCCUACUGGAUGAUUACGGCCACAUUCGGAUCUCAGAUCUGGGGCUGGCCGUGAAGAUCCCGGAAGGAGACUUGAUCCGAGGCCGUGUGGGCACCGUUGGCUACAUGGCCCCUGAGGUGCUGAAUAACCAGAGGUACGGCCUGAGCCCCGACUACUGGGGACUGGGCUGCCUCAUCUACGAGAUGAUCGAAGGCCAGUCGCCCUUUCGCGGUCGCAAGGAGAAGGUGAAGCGGGAGGAGGUGGACCGCCGUGUGCUGGAGACCGAGGAGACCUAUUCCAGCAAGUUCUCCGAGGAGGCCAAGUCCAUCUGCAAAAUGCUGCUCACCAAAGACCCUCGGCAGCGGCUUGGCUGCCGGCAGGCAGGGGCAGCAGAGGUGCGGGUUCACCCCUUCUUCCGAAGUAUGAACUUCAAGCGCCUGGAAGCUGGGAUGUUGGAUCCCCCGUUUGUCCCAGAUCCCCGGGCCGUGUACUGCAAGGAUGUGCUGGACAUUGAGCAGUUCUCCACGGUCAAGGGCGUCAACCUGGACCACACGGACGACGAUUUCUACUCCAAGUUCUCCACCGGCUCCGUCCCCAUCCCGUGGCAGAGCGAGAUGAUAGAGACUGAGUGCUUCAAGGAGCUGAAUGUGUUUGGGCCCAGUGGGAGCCUCUCGCCUGACCUGAACAGAAGCCCCCCUCCGGACCCCCCUAAGAGGGGACUACUGCAGAGGAUCUUCAGGCGGCAGCAUCAGAACAAUUCCAAGAGUCCGUCCAACUCCAAGGCCAGUUUCAAUCACCACAUACACUCCAAUCACGUGCGCCCCAACUCAGCGGGGGGAAGCUAGUCCUUGCUCCGGCCUGGCCCUGACCCCAGCAGCGGACAGUGAGCACUGGUGUGACCCUGGGACCGGGGGGUCCCCUCCACCAUCCGGUGUCUGCCCUUCUCCAAGAGACUGCUUGAGGCGGCCCGGUCCCCUCGACCUCACAAUAGAGACCCGGCCGGAUAUGACGACUUGCACGUACUUUCAUAGUCUCAUAAACUGAAGUUGGUCUUUAUUAUUUUUAAAGAAAAGUUUUGUAAAUUUCUCUAUUGUCUCAGUUUACAUUUUGUAUAUUUGUAUUUAAAUGAAAGUCCAGCUACAAGGGUGUA